CAGCCCUUUGUCUGAUGAAGGGCUGUUGCCUGAAACAUAUUGGAGCGCUGUGGCUGUGUGGAUCAUUCAGUUUCUCUCUUUGGUCUAUAUUUUUUUGGUCCUGCAUGCCUUUUUAUGUGUUUUGGAUUUGCCUGUCUUUAUUGCAUUACUUAAAAAUAAAUUUAGACACUUUCUUCAUGCAAAAUUUAAAGGAUAAAGUUCACUUUUUUCCAACCCUGGCCAUAAGAAGACAUUACCUCUGUUCACAUGGACAGUAAUAUUCUGAUAUUACCCUGAUUAAGAUGCUGAUGUGUAAACAGCAUUUUUUUUUGUUACCUUAAUCUGAAUAAGGUCUGGUUAUUAAGAUCAGAGUAAGCAAUAGUUGAAUUAAGCUCUUCAGGGCACUGUGGACAUGGACACACCUUAAUCAGACUAUAUUGUCCAGUUUUAGUUUUCAUACCAUUUUGUAAGCCGUUAAUUUCAAUUUAUUCAUUUUAUAUAGCGUCUAAUCACAAGAGUCGCCUCAAGGCGCUUCACACAAAACAACUCACAAAAUAAAAUGAAUUAAAAGAUUAAAAAGUAUAGUAACACAAUAUGCCAGUAUGCUAGCCCUACGAAAAGGAAAAUAACUGCGUCUUCAGUCUGGACUUGAAAUUUUAUACAGAAUCUGACUGUUUUAUUGAUGCAGGGGGAUCAUUCCACAGAACAGGGCCAUGAUAUGAGACAGCUCUUCCAUUUGAGCUUCUGUACUAUAAAACAGUUUUAUCUAAUAACAUCAGGCUGACUUGUAUCGUUUAAAAUUCAACCUGACACUUAAAUAUUUAUGAUUGCACUUUUCUCUACAGGGUGGAUUUGUAUUAUCGCUAUUCUGUUUACAGGAUUAUUUCUAUGUCAUGUUUUUGUUUCAUUUUACAAUUCCUUGUUUAUUCUGUACAGCAGUUGGCUGUUCUUUGUGAUUGUUGGCUCUACAACUAUAUGAAAAGGAUGUAAUAUUAUUAAAAUAACGCCAGCCUUGUUUCUUUACUUAACUGUACAGACAGACGUGUACAUUUAUUUUAUUUUUAUUUUUUCAUGUACAUUUCGUGGCAGCUCCCCCAGCGGAGUGUGACGUCAUAAAUUGGGCCUUUGAAGAAAAGAGACAAACAGCAUGUUAUCUGGCAAAUUAAUGGAAAAUUAACAUUUUGAUUAUCUGCAUCAUGGUCAAAACUUAUCAAACUCCUCCAGGACAACGGAUACCACCACAUUUCAUGAAAAACGGUCAAGUACAGUAUUAUAUGACAAAGUGUAGAAACGUUUUCACUACCAAAACGGUUACCAGAUUUCAAAUAUUAAACAUAUCCAUUUUAAUAAGGCACCUUGAAGCUUGUCAUCCAAUGCUUGUAUUUAUUUGUAAAUAUCUUUUUAAAAGUGCCAUUUUAUUGUACUGCGUGCGGCACAGACAGUAGCCAAUCAGGGCCUCGGUUUUCUACCAUGUGACCAUGAACCCGGAAUCAGGGCGUGCGUGAAGCAGCGAUGAAGUCCGCUCUGCUUCACGUGUCGGUGCCUUUUGUUUUCUGCGUCAUCCUGGUGAACACCAGCUUGUUCGAUGACGUCACGGUGGACCUGUCUUACGACCAUUACGCGGAGAAGCCGCUGCGUCACCUCCCCGCCUUCCUGGCGAUGCCCUUCAACUGCCUCGUGAACGCGGCUUACCUGUGCGUGGCGCUGUACUGGCUGCUGCCGCCGCCGCCAGCCGGCGCUAGAGAGCCGCAGCGGAGCCGCUACAUCAGGGAGGUGUUCGCGCUCAUGCUCCUCUUCUAUGCCCCCGUGCAGUGGACGCGCUUGGCGCUGCUGCGGCGCGCCCCCGCCGUGCUGGACCAGUGGAUGACCUUACCGAUCGUGGCGUGGGUUCCAGUGUGGAUCGGCUUCAUAGAGCGCGGGUGGAGCGCGCCGCGAGCGGCAGCGCUCGAGCUCUGCUCCGUGCUCAGUUACGGCCUCGCGUUGGCGCACGAGCGCGGCUUCGAGGCGGCGCUGGGCGGCCACCUGCUGCUCGCGACCUACGGCGCAGUGCGCGUGCAGCUGCUGCGCGGGGACGGCCGCUCGCGCACAUACCUGUUGCUGGCGGCGCUGUCGUGCUGCGGCUUCGUGGGUCUGAAGCUGCUGGACCACCGGCUGGCUCAGUACGGAGCCUUCCAGACCCUGACCGGACACUUCUGGUCCAAAGUGUGCGACGUGCUGCAGUUCCACUUCAGCUCGUGCUUCCUGAGCACGCUGACCCCGCAGCGUGACCUUUGAGAAGCUCACAUUAUCAUCAUCAUCAUCAUAGACAUUUAAUAGACUAAUUAGUGAAUGAUGUGAUGUCUGCGCCACAGUGUCUGUUAGCUCGAUUAAUCACAAAUUUAUACACUGUUUCAGGAAAGAAGCUUCAGUCUGUCAUGGAGGACCUCAGAGGACAUCCCAUGAUGCAUCACUGCCUGCAAAACCUACCCUGCCUCCCAAUAUCUGACUAACACUGGUUCCAACCUACUACACAACCGUGACCGUAGUACAUACUAGAAGUAAGCGAGUGAGUAGUAGGGACAGUUUGGACUUACUACGUCACCACCGUGUCCUUUGACUCUGAUGCUGACAGAUGAUGCGUGUGUGCAAAUUCGUGUCUGUUGCAAAAAUUUAGACUUUGCAGUGGCAGAAUUUUUUGAAUGGUUUCUGACACUUAACGUAUAUUUGUACAAUUCCACGGCACCUUGGACGGCAUUUGUACACUGGAUGUUCAAUCUUGCUGCCAUUUGACUGGAUUGCAUCUUGUUUUCUAUAGUACACUAGUAUGAGUAUUUAGAUGAAGCUCUAAAGUGCUCCAUUUGCUUGCUGAUAACAUUUAUUUUGCUGUUUCGCUGAUGUUACAGAAAAUACAGCAAAACAAUUACCCAUCUUGGGUGUAAAUUUGUCAGUGGUCUAAAAGUCCUUUGAGGUCCUUCUGGCCUAGAAUAUAAAUUUUUGCAAUAGAUCAGGAUAAAGGGCUGGAUUCAGGGUUUUCUUGUUUAACAAUUUUUUUUGUUAUGAUUUUAAAAUCAUUCAUGUAUAACUGACUGCUGGUGAUAGAACAGUAUAAGGGGGCACAAAAGAAACUUUUGUAUUUCUUCGUAAUUAAUGUAAAUAAAGUCCAAGACAUAUUCAGUAACUUGGAAAUGGUCACGUUUCCAUCCCCUGAGUUGUCUGAAGAAAACUGGCAA